AUGGGCUCCAGACUGAGCAGGCAGAGCAGCCUGGACAAUGAGAAUUUCUCCAAAAAGCGACGCAAGCUUGCAGACGGCUCCGGAGAGAGCGACAGGAGCAGCCGAGGCGGAGGGGACUUUUUGUUUGCGCUGAUGCUGAAAUCAGACAAGCUGCCCGGGAUGCUGCGGAGGACCAACCACAGCCCGUACAUCAGGAGAGUGGCGUGGAUCAAAGAGAUCCAGAAGCUGCUCCGUGACCGCAGGAUAGAGCAGGCAACCGACGUGCUCAAAUUACUGAGGAAGGAUCUUGGUUUGGAAGGCACCUCGCUCAACGACAUCUUAUACAAAAACGCCGCCUUCCUCAACCUGGUGGACCCGAUCUCACACGAGCUGCUGCUCAGCCUGGCUCGAGAGAUGCAGUGUCCUAAGAAGGAUGCAGACACCAUAAAGUCUUCUGAUAAGAUUUGCAGACAGCUGAUCUACCACCUGACCCCGCACUCAAAGUGGCUGAGGCAGAGCAUGUCCAGACGGAAAUCCCAGGCCUGUCUCAAGACAACCCUUCAGAAAAAGCUGUCCAGUGACUCCAUCGACCUAUCAGGCGUCGCCCUGUCCACCCGCGAUGUCCGGCAAGUCGCCUUCUACCUCCAAAGCAACAGAGACAGCGUGGUGGCCGUGGACAUCAGCUUCACCGAACUCCAGGACGAGAACCUGAAGAUUCUCCUGCCUCUGCUCGCAUCGUCGCCCAAGCUCAGCACCCUGGCUCUCAACGGUAACCGCCUCACCCUGGCCAUAAUCAAAGACCUCACAGAGAUGCUCAAAGACCCCAAGAUGUUCUCCAGCCUGGCCUGGAUCGACCUGGGCAACAACGUGGAUAUUUUUACCAUGCCUCAGCCGCUGCUGGUAGCGCUGCGCCGGCGCUGUAGCCUGAAGAGCAGUUUACCAACUAUCUACGAGUACACAGAGGGUCAACCCUACUCCUACCACCUGGAGACCUCCAUCGAGGAGCCCAGCCUCUACGAGGAGGAAGAAGAGGAGGAGGAAGAGGCGGAGGAAGACGAGGAUGACGUGGGGAACAAGUUUGAGCUGGAGCCGUGGAGUUUAGGGGAAAAGCAGCUCUCCAAAGACUUCACCCUUCACUACUGUGAGAGGUGA